GGGCCGGGAUGGGAGGUACACGAGUGCAGAGUCUGGCGACAGUGCAGGAGGGCCUGUGUGUCCUCGUGUCCUGCCUGGUCACCUACCCCCGGGAAGGCUGGACCGACUCCAUCCCACAUCUCGGGUGGACCGACUCUGACCCAGCUCUCGGCUACUGGUUCCCAGAAGGGGCUGAUGUACUCCGGGACACUCCAGUGGCCACAAACGACCCAGAUCGAAGAGUGCAGGGGGAGACCCGGGGCCGAUUCCACCUCCUCGGAGACCCCCAGAACAACUGCUCCCUGGACAUCAGAGACGCACGGAGGGGGGACAAAGGGACAUACUUCUUUCGGGUGGAGGACAUGAAAUGGAAUUACAUAUAUCCCAAGCUCUCUGUGCACGUGACAGCCCUGACCCAGACACCUGACAUCCAGAUCCCGGGAACCCUGGAGUCCGGCCGCCCUAGCAGCCUGACCUGCGCUGUGCCCUGGGCCUGUGAGCGGGGGACGCCCCCCACCUUCUCCUGGACGUCAGCCGCCCUCCCCUCCCUGGGCCCCAGCACCCGCCUCUCCUCGGUGCUCACCCUCACCCCACGGCCCCAGGACCACGGCACCAGCCUCACCUGCCAGGUGACCUUCCCUGGAGCGAGGGUGACCGUGGAGAGGACCGCCCAGCUCAAUGUCUCCUACCCUCCGCAGAGCUUGACCGUCGCUGUCGUCCCGGGAAACGGCACGGCACCCAUGGUCCUGGGCAACGGCUCAUUGCUGCCUGUCCAGGAGGGCUAGUCCCUGCAUCUCGUCUGUGUCGCCAACAGCAACCCCCCUGCCAGACUGAGCUGGGCCUGGGGGAGCCUAACCCUGAGCCCCUUGCAACCCUCGGACCUGGGAGUCCUGGAGCUGCCUCGGGUGCACGCUGGGGAUGAAGGAGGAUUCACCUGCUGGGCUGAGAACCCGCUGGGCAUCCAGCACACCUCCGGAGAGCCUGGUCCGGAGUGCUGCUGGGGGCAGUCGGGGGAGCUGGCACCAAAGCCCUGCUCUUCAUCUCCUUCUACCUCAUCUUCUUCAGAAUGAAGUCCUGCAGGAAGAAAGCAGCAGGGCCAGCAGUGGGCGUGGAGGAUGCAAACACCGUCACGGAGUCACUCUCCAAGGACCACCUGACUGAAUCUCGGACAGAUGCUCUACCAUUUCCCCCUUCUCCAGCUGUGGCUGCCCCCUCCCUGGGGGGAGAAGAUCUCCACUAUGCCUCCUUAAACUUUCAGGGGGUGAACUCUAGGCACUCGCAGGGGCAGGAGGCCACCAGCAAUGAAUACGCAGAGAUUGCAAUCCACAAGUGAGAAACUGCAGUGACUCAGCCCUGGCUUGAGGGAUCACAGCCUCCUGGGGAGAGGAGGUCCAUGGUUGAUUGCUGUUGUGUUAAAAGCCCUCUAAGGGGAAAGCUGUAAGUACAGAGGAAAGAAUACAGGCUUUGGCAUCCAAGGACUCCCAGACUGAAGCUGUGUCCUGCCCCUUCCUAAGUGAGAGACACAUCACUACCUCUCUGUGCCUCGGUUUCCUGGUUCAUAAAUGAGUGGAAGGAGUUGCUACAAUGUUGUAUUAUGGAAACACAGGACCAGUGCACAACUGAAACUUUCAGCAAUGAUCUUUUUAUUACUCACACAGAAUAAAGAGUCUAGAAACUGCAAA